CGUGCAUAUUUAAUAUGAAUACUCCUAUGUUGUAUAUGUUGUGUGGAGAUGAAAUGUGUGCAAAAGUAAUUCCUCUUUGGCCUAAAGUUUGGAGACUUUUGUUGAGCACGUGUGUUUGACGUCUGACAGCAUUCAAAUUUACACAUUUUUAUUUACGGAUUACUGGUAAAUUAGGGUGUAUGUGUCAAAGGGAAUAUGCUGUUGAAGCAGUUGUCGUGUUCCAUCUUAAAAGAGUGAAGACCUUGAUGAAAAGUCAAAGAGGUGUUAUAGCCUAAGUUUCAGAAUUCGUAUUCAGUAAUGCAUUUCACGAAUCGUACCAUUUUGUCGUCAUGAAUGAACAUAGUUUUAUUUUGGAAUUAUGUGGGUAUAGAAUACGCAGUUUAACAUAUAAAUAUUGCCGAUGAUGAAGUACUGUGUAAAUUACACUGCUUUUGGGGUUCUAAAAUUCAUAUAUUGUAUAUGCCAAAUCAGUGACUGACUGUAAAGUGUGUAUGGCCAUCUCUGCCAAUAUGUAAAUUACAAAUACGAGAAUUAAUGGAGCCGGGUUAAAGCCUGGAAUGGGUGUACGACCCCUUUGCCCCCAAACCACUCCAAUUCGAAUUCAUCAAUAUACCUAGCAUUUUGUGUUAUGAAGUAUAAGAUACUGACUGCAUUGUAGAAUUACCCACAAAGAAAGAGAAGAUUUAAUGUAAUAAUGCUUAGUCCUAGAGAAAGAUUCAUAACAAUGGUUCCAAGACGGUCAUAUCCAAAACCUAUAGGACCCAUGGACCAGUGGUUGGAGUCUCAGGGUUACUACCGGAAGCAUACAGCUCGGGAUGGAUCAUGUUUAUUCAGAGCAGUAUCAGAGCAGGUGUUUUAUGUUCAAGCUGUUCAUCAAAAUGUCAGGAGACAGUGUGUUGAGUUUAUUCAGAAAAAUAAACUUAAAUUCCAAGAGUUUCUGAAAGAACCUUUGGAAGAUUAUGUAGUUCGUAUGCUGGAUUCUAGAGAGUGGGGAGGUCAGAUGGAAAUUAAUGCCAUGGCUCUCUUAUACCAUCAUGAUGUGCUUGUUUUUGAAGAAGUAGGCAGAUCUCCAGCUGUUGCAACCAACUAUGGCUUCACAAAGAAAAUACUGCUUUGCCUCUCCUCUGACAACCAUUAUGAUUCUGUAUACCCAAAGCUAUUCAUAAUGAAAGCAGCAUUUUGUCAAUCAUUAGUUUAUGAGGUUCUGUAUAAGAAUGUAUUUCAACUGCCUGAUGUCAAUUAUGCAGUGAAUAAAAUGUUACAUGAUAAAACAAAUCGUGUACAGAAGGAGAGGGUAAUGAAUGAAGAUCGCUUUAUAUCCUGUGGCAGCUUUGGUUUUUCAAUGGAAAUAUCUUUGGAGUCAAAUAAGGACUAUAAAGAUCAUGAAGACACAAAUGUGAAUGUUAAAGAACUAUUGGCUCAGGGUGCUACACCUUUUCCAUACAAAGUUGCAAAAGCUUUAGACCCAAAUAUUUAUCGCAACAUUGAAUUUGACAUUUGGAAUGACUUUAGAAAAGAAAUGAAAUUUGGCUGGUAUAGGAAUAAUGGAGAGUUGCAGGUUGGUGUAAAGUGCCUAGUGAAGUUGAAUCCUGACAGGAGCUUUCAUGCUCACAUUCAAGAAAUGUCACCUGACAGAGGACCAGUUAUUGUUUUUGUUGAAGAACUUGGAGAAAAGUGCACAGUUCCCUAUGAUAACUUAGAGCCUCUGCCAAAGAGUGAAAAGCCUCAGUGGUCUUUACCAUAUAAACAUUGCCACCAAUUGUCCAGUGCACAACAGAAAUCAGCUCUUCUAGCGCUCACAGACUUUGGUGGCAAAUGGAAAAAGUCAAAAGUAGGAAAGCCCCGCAAGAUGAAGGAGGGUAUCAUUCACACACCUCUGUCUCCUCGUUUGCAGUACAACAGUAAGAUGAAUGCUGGACCAAUCAAACAUUCCACACAGCAUAACACGAGAUAUUUACAUGAGCAGAUUGGAAAUCAAGUUCAGCUUCCCUUCCAGAACUUUUCACCAGAAAAUUUCAGUCGUCUUCAGCAUUACAAUAAUGUUGGGAUUGAUAUGCCUGGUGUAUCUAUGAUGUUAGAGCAGCACAACUCCACGUCUAGUCCAACAAUGACCCAAGCAAUGAUGAUGUCCUUGACUUCACCAUCAAUUGCUGCCAACAGCAUAAUCAAAUCUGGUGAACAUGGUCACAGCAGUCCAGAAAGAUGUCUGUCACCACUGCAGCAGCCAGAUUCUACCACUGACAUGUCAUGUUCACAGCAGCCUGUAAUGACAGAUUCUGUUGAUCCAUCGCUGUCUCUUUCCCCAGCACAGUUCACAUCUUUUACAGCAUACUCUAACUCACCACCACUGGUGUCACAAGCUCCUGUUCCUACCUCUGGUCCCCAACCAGGAUCCAGUUCUAAUAAUCCUGGAAUUAUGAAUCCUUCCACCUCCUUCAGUGAUACGAUUUGUACUAAAAGUAACACGCCAUCAUACAUGGUCUGUAACACUGGUGUGUCUGGAGCAAACAUGGGUGUUGCUAGCAUGCCAGGAGGAAAUAAUCACCCACCAAGGGACUUCAGUGGAAACUUCAUGUUUCAGCCAGUGAACUUCAUGGCACAGAAAUCUGUUCAGAUUGGUGGCAGUGAUUUGCCUUUAUCAGACCUAUCCACUCUCCGGUUCUUUUAUAAUCUUGGACAUGAUUACUUUCGGCUGAGCUGUAUGUAUUGGCCUAAUUCUGUGCAACAAGCAAAGCCAAAUUUUCUUCCUGCACCCACUAUGACACCAAAUUACAGUGAAAAUCCAACUUUUUGCAAUCCUGUGAUGACUUCGAACAACAUAACAAAUGAGCACCACAUGCCAGAUUCAGCACCAUCAUUGCAAGAAGAUCUGUAUCAAGUUGGACAAGAAGUUACUCCUAAUAUUAUGCUGCCAAAUGAUCACAGUGUACAUGUAUCCACUGAGUCAGAUAAAACAGGUUUUCAUGCUAGUGGUGGAGGAAAUGAGAGUGUCACCUGGCAGGCAAAGCAGGUUGACAUGGAAGUCUCAAAUGCAUUACAGAAAGCAUUUAAUGGUGAUAUUGUGUCCAGGUCCAAUAAGAAUCCCUCUGAUGGCAGAGAAAAUAGAAUACAAAAUUCUCAUGUUGGAAGACCUUGCCAAAAUUCAGCAAGACACAGUGAGCCUUUUGAAGCACAUGUAACACCUCAGCAAUCAGAAGAUUCGGAAGUUAGUUGUGGACAUACCAUUGGUUCACCUGCACAGAGUAGUCCCCCAGCUGUGCUUACUACCAGCUAUAAUAUUCCACCUCCUACUGUCCCAUAUGCCUUCACUCCGAUGCCCCCAACAGUAUACAAUCAUACCAUGGUACCAUUCUAUUUCCCCAUGGAUUCUGAGCAGGGAAUGAUGCUUGUGCCAUACUACCCCCAGUAUACAGUUAGUUCUCCUGUACAGUUGGAGCCACAAGAUGCUGUAGAAGUUUCAACAGCAGUGCCAGAUGUGCAGGCUGUUCCAUCACACUUCACAGGAGCCAUUUACAGUCCAGUAAAACAGUCAGGUAACACUGAGAAUGGAUGUCUUCCUCCAUACACUAUUUAUCCUCAACCACCAACACCUGUACUUUUUCAGCAGACAUCUGUACCUGCUGGUGUAUAUCCCACAGGCCCCGGACCUGAAGCUAACAUAUCAGUACCAAGAUGGAUGCAAACAAUGCCAGGCCUUCCUCAUAUAAAUCCAACGCCUUGUAUGUUACAGUCACCUCCAACAACACCAGUUGGAGCACCUGUUCCUUAUAAUACUGUUACUUAAAAAGUAUUAAAAAGUAGAUGUGUUUAAUCAUCUUGUGCAGUAAGUUGGAAAUAAGUGGCAGAGGUUGGUAAGUGUACCAACACAGUAUUCAAGUACUUAAAUAGAAUUAUGCAAAUUUCUUUUUAGCAUAUUUUUUUUUGAAUUGAUUGAUAUAAAUUCAAAUUUCUUAGCUGUGUCUCAGCAACUUAAAAAAUAGCACAUAUUUGUGAUAACGAUGAUGACAAAAUGCCACUAAGUAACCAGCAGUCAUGAAAUGUAUAAAUCCUUUGCAGUUCAUGUACCUUUACACUUCAGCAUGUAUACAAAUAUAUACAUUUAAGCAGAUGGCCAUAAACAUGAAACUGUACCAAGUAUAUCAUGUUGCAACACUGUGUAACACUUUCUAAUGCUGGAAAUCGUAUUCUUCCUAAUUCAGGUGCAUAUUUCUCUAAUAGGAAUGUUUGCCUUUUCCGAUGUUGUAUGAACAUGAUUCUGAAAUGAUGUAAUACUUUUAUAAAUGACUGUCCACCAUUUAUUAACAUCUUCGUGUAUCAGAUGAUAAAUUAGUUAAGUUGAAAUUUGAUACUUUUACAGAUUAAUUUAUUAACUUUGUACAUAAGGUUAAAUAUUUACAGAUGUUGAAUACUUUGUAAAUAUACAUAGAAAAAGAUCUCAUAACAUGUAUAAAUAUUUAUUAAUUUGCAUUCCUGUCUUCAGUCACUUUAUAUGCAACUGAGAAUGAAAUACCAGAGGAUUGAGGAAUGGAAAAGUCUGUAAGAGAUGGGAUCAUGCAAAAUUAAAAUCAUUUACAUAGCACUGUAAAUAUUGGACCUUGUCAUGUUAUGCUACUGCAGAUUUACUUCUGAAAAUGUUUGAUUUUGGUGUCAUGAUUCUGAACAGCGUUUGUAAAAUUACUAUAUGAUGUAGGACUCUGUGAUGAUUAGUGCUCUUUCUAGGUGUUUUGUUCUGGUAAAAGGUUUCAGAAUCAGGUAUUUCCUCACCUAUCAUCACAUACAUUUACAACAUCAAAUGAGUUGAUCAUCAUUAAUGCUGUAUAAACAACAUAAUCCCUUAUUUGAAUCUGCAGAUUGUUUUUGUGUGUGUAUUGUACACGUUUUCUGACUUUACUAAUAACAUGUUUAUCAGAAUAAGCUCAUGUCAAACUUUUGUUAUGGUGGAUAUCUAUAAGAAGUGAAGUAUUUCCAUCAAAUAAUCAUUAUUCACAGCUGAUUUAGCAUACUUGUAUUUUUUAAAUAAAUUUGUGUUCACUGGAGUAGAAUACAAAAGUAAUGCAAAUAGAACUUGUUUCAUUUUCAUUCAUUUACACAAAGAGAGUAAAUAAUAAAUUAUACAAUUUUGUUACAAAAAAGCAGUCUUUGUAAAGAUGAUAUUUAAGUUGAUAAAAUAUACGUUUCUUGUUGACAAGUGCAAUAAAAUGAAAAAUUAAUUAAUCAGGGUAUUGAACUGUUCAAUAGUUGUAGUCAUUAUAUCAUUAAUAUUGAGACCUUUUGUUAUUAAUAACUAAGAAGAAUUAAUUAUCACUUUAGUUGUUCUACAUGAACUCUUCUUUUGUAUGGGGUAGAAUAAAAGUUUACUAUUGUAUUAUGAUCACAGUUGAAUUAAUAAAGUGAAGAAUGUU